UCAGCGGGGUGUGUGUGUGUGUGUGUGUGUGUGUGAGGGGGAGUGCGAGCCCACACUUCAGAGGCUGUGUGCUGGUGCGUGUGUGAGGGAGUGUGUGUGUUCUCUCCUACCGGUGGAUAGUCUCUCUGAGUCGUUUCUCUCACCUACCACUGAAUUUCUGACUGACUCUCUCUUUUUUGUUUCUCUCUCCCUCACAUUCUCUCUCUCUUUCUCUCUCUUUCUCUCUCUCUGCAGGACUCCAAGCCUCCUCCCUUACCCAAAUCAUUGCAGACAAAAUCGCAGAAAGAUAGCUGCCCCAUCUCGCCAGGUGUAACCAGGAGGUUUUCCUCAUCUGUCCUCUGAUUCCUACCAUUGUGUUCAGAAGUGGUUAAGUCCAUCAGCAACUCAUCAGUGUCUAGUUGUCAUGGCAGACAGUCGGCAGCCCGAGGACAACAGCUCCUCUCACUGGGCCCCUCCCACUAACGGAGCCCAGGACCAGUCAGCUGCCCUCGCUGGCCACGGAGAGAACGGCUUCUCCUCUUACAGAGAGAACGGCUAUCACGGAGGACACGCUGCGUCAGCAGAGCAAGUGUCAGCCCGUAUAGUUGAGAAGGUGACAGCAGAGGCGGUGGCAGUGCUCAAGCAGGAGCAGGACAAGCAGGACUCUACUAGGAGACUGUCCUCAGUGGAGGACUCUGCCAACCUGCCACCCUCCCCUCCCCCCUCUCCGUCGGCAGAGCAGACCGGACCCAUGGAGCAAAAGGAGAGACUAGAGGUUGUCCCUACUCCCCCUGAGGAGGAGGGGGAGGAGGAGGUGGAGUUUACCCAAGUCUCAGCAGCUCCUGAGGAGGAGCACCCAGGUCAACAGGGGGAGGAUUCUGAUCAGCAGCCCACAGACAUGCUCUUAGAGCACGUUGAUAUUGUAAGCGAGCCCCAGGCUUUGCCCUGUCCUCAGGCCGAGACUCAUAAAUUCCUCAACGGGGGAGGAAUCCAUCAGGCUGAGUUGGAUAAACCAUCAGAGGAAGACCUGCCGGUGAACCCAGAGAAGCCUCGUUCCGACAAUCCUGCCAUGGCAGAGGAGCAUCCACAGGGGGCACCCCCUCCGCAGAGCCCGGUGGCCCCCACCACAGAGAGAGAAACACCUGAGGGAGCAGAGAGCACUGUGUCCAUCGCUGAGUUCUCCACUGGUUCCCCCAAAAACAAAUCUCUAACUGAUCCUACCCCCACAGAACCCGAGAAAACGGUUCAGCCUUUAGUGGAACCAGAAAAGGGGCAAGGGACUGGAAGUACCACUAGUGUGGUUCCUAAGAUAGAAUACCUUCCGGAGCCCAAGACCACCGCUGAGAAACAGCCCUCGGUUGAAGAGCUCGACUCAGUUCCUCUUUCAGUUGUAUAUGAGCCCCUGAAAGAUUACAUUGAGGAAGAGGAGGAAAAUGAUGCUUAUGUUACACCCAGUAAGUCAGCAAACCUUGAGAGCGUUCGUGAGGAGAAAGAGAUCAUAUCAGAGAAAACUGAGAAAAGAAUGCUGAGUCUAGGACAAUCGACCGCCAGGCCAUUGUCAUUUGAGACUGAGAAGAUUGAGGAGACUCCUCAAAGUAAUGUCAGUGAUGGAGAAAACCCAAAGCAGGAGGCACACAUAUCUGCUGCAGAUAGUCUAAAAGACAAGCAGAGUUCGGAAGAUAAGUCUGGAGUUGCUUCAAAAGAUGAGUCAGGUAUGACGGCCUACUUUGAGACCUCUACACAAAGGGAUACUGAAAAACCAGAAGAACGUGGUGAGGGUUACUAUGAGCUCAGUGCUGUCAGCCAGAAGAAGCCCUCAGAGGAGAUUCUGGAGGCCGAUUCAAACAUUAAGAUAAGCGAUUCAGCACCAGAACAGACCAUAUCCAGCAUAACGUUGAUAAGUGACAGUGCCAUGGACAAGCUAGAGGAUCUCCCUAAAAGGAAGGAUGUGUGUACUAGACUGUCACCUGGCAAAUUGUCAUUGGAACACAGAAGUCUUUCUCUGAAUUUUGCUAUUGGCUCAAUGGGUCAAGCAGGAGAGCAAAACCAGUCGAAGCUCUCAUCUCUUACGGAGGUCUCUUCCGGAAGCCUGGAUGAAACCACAGGCUACCUUCCUCUAACCACCCCAUUAGUAACAUUAGAGAGACAGUUACUUCCUGUGACUCCAGAGAUAGCUCUCCCAGUCCCUAACACUGAAACCUCCACUGAUCCACCUGAAGACACCACCUCUAAGACAAUGUGUUCUCCUGAGUUGUCACUCUCACCCAUGAAGCAACACUACACCCAUUUGAAUGACCCAUCCAACGACCUUCCUGAGAUGCUGGACCUAGCCGGUGUUAAGCCCAAACCCACCCUGGAGAAGAGGGAGCUGGACCAGCAUAAUAGAAGGAGGUCUGUCCCUGCCUGUCCAUCUGCUGCUCUGGUGGGCAGUUCUCUGGCCAAGCUGGUACUGGGGAACCAGCAGACGCCCAGGGUGGUGGGUGGAGAGGAGAGCCAGCAGGAGGAGCGUGGUUACUGCGUGUUUAGUGAGUACUCUGGUCCCAUGCCCUCGCCUGCCGAUCUGCACAGCCCAGUGGGCUCCCCACACCAACGGUUCCCCACAGUGACUGAAGGGGACAGUGACGAGGAACUGGGAGCCAUUGCGGAAGAGGGCGGGGAAAAGCUGGCACCUCAUAAAACAAACCAGGCAGAGGAAUCGGUUGUAGGAACGGUUAAGCCAACUUUGGUGCUUGAAAGAGCUGUCACGGCAGGUGUCAAACCGGAUCGUCUGAGGAUCCCUGUGGCUCCAUCCAAAGACAAACUGACAGAGUUCCGACUGGAGAGCGGUCUUCCUGGGGACAUCAAAACUCAAGCCAUUCCUGAGGUAGAGUUGGAGCAGGACCUCUCCAGAGAAGCGUCCCCCAUCCCACCAGACUUCGCAUUUACUUUUGGCACUGAGGUGAAGGACACCAAGCUUUUUGCGACCCCUGAGUCUCCAGCAGAAAAGGCUGCCGCUGUGGAGGGAACCAAAGUUGAGGAAGUCACAGCGGAAGUCAAAGUAGAGGUGGCGUCAGCAAGGAUUGGGAAGAGUCAGAAGACUGGUCUUAAAAAGCCAGAGAUGGAGAAAGUGGAGGAGACCUCAGACCCAGACCAUCAGAAUGCUGUUGAAGACUUACAGCCAAAGGAUGUUCGAGGACUGGAGAGAGAAAGGAAAAAAGAACCCAUGACAUCAUCACCUGAAUCAUUAGUGGAGAUCAUCAAUGCGCAGGAGAAGAAGCGUGAAAGUGAACCAGAGGUGUCAACAGUACCAGCGGAGGCUGUCGUUCCAAAAGAAGAGGCCAAGACCAAAGCUGAAGAAACAUCACCAACACCCUCUAACGUGAGCCCUGCAGAUGUGGAGGAAGCCACAGAGCAACUAGAAGAGAAAAGUCCAGAGAAAAGUGUUUCUGGAAGUUCUCCAGUUAUAGUCAUACCUCAGGCACAAGUUGAGGAAGAGGAGGAGGAAGACGAUAUAGAAGUAGCUGAGGAAGUCUUGGAGGAAGUUGAAGGCCCUCCUGUGCUCCUCAAGGAGAAAGAGCAAGAGAGUCACCCUAUGGAGAAGCAGGAGGAGGUGGCAGAAGAGGUGAGGGUGGUGGGUGGGGCGGAGGAGGUGAUUGUUGAAAAUCCUAAAGAUUUGGAGUCUGCUGUUGCUGGGGAUGACGAAUCAUGUGAUGCUACUGCCCCAACCAUUGAUGAAGGGGAUUAUGCCGAUCGCAUCUCUCAUCGAUCUGCCUGCUCUGGAAACGACCAGCCACAAACCCUCGAUGGAAAGGAGGCAGACAAAGAGAAGAAUAAAGUGGAGGAUAAAGAAGGGGUGGUGCUGCAGGAAGAGGAGGAGUCCGCUGAAGUGGGGCAGGAAGUUGAGGUGAAGGCUUCCAGUCGCGAGGAGACGGAGACCUCAGACGUACUGCGGAGCCAGACCAGCGAGACCACCGCUCUCGACGAGACCACCAUGGACGUCUCCAUGUUAGACAGCGAGAGUGGCUGGGUGGACUCACAAGAUGAUGACAGAAGCGUAAUGACAGAGCAGAUUGAAGCUCUGCCCAAAACACAGAAUCCUGUCAACUCCCUGGUAGAGAGACCCUCUAAUAAACGUCCCCCCGGCAGAGGACAGGGGCGCGCCUCCACCCCCGAGCGCAAACUCAACCGCAGAGAGCCCGUCAGUCGUCGUCCAAAGGAGGAAGAGAAGAAGAAAAAAGUGGGGACGAAGAGAACUGAACAGUGUAAGGUAUCAGUCCUCCAGUGUCGCUCUCCCACUCGGAGGAUUGUAGUCAAAGCUGCUACGUUCAGACAAGCUAGACCUGCUUCACACCACGGCUCUGCUAGACGCAAGCCACCAGCCGUGGAGGACCAGCAGCCUCUUAAUGUGACCCAACAAUCCCGGGAAAGGACCUCUGAGGGUACCUACCGGACUCCAGAAAAGAGGUCCUCUCUGCCCAGGCCUGCCUCCUCCCUGCCCCGCCGUGCCCCCCCAGCAGAGCAUGACAACACCAGCCCUGCCCCCCGCAGGCCCACCUCAAUUCAAACUGAGCCCAGAGGGGAGCACAGGUCUGGGAGGUCCCCUAGUAUCGCAGUCGGCACAAACUCGUCGGCCCGUUCCCGUUCGGCCCGGAGCGGAGCCUCCACGCCCCACACCCCCGGCUCCACAGCGGUCACCCCAGGAACACCACCCAGCUACUCCUGCCGCACCCCCGGGAGUCGCACCCCCGGCAGCCACACACCCAAGUCUCUCAGCCUCCUCACUCAGGAGAAGAAGUUUGCUGUGAUCCGCACACCGCCCAAGUCGCCCUCUACCACACCCAAGCAGCUGCGCGUCCUCAACCAGCCCCUGCCUGACCUGAAGAACAUCAAGUCCAAGAUUGGCUCCACAGACAACAUGAAGUACCAGCCCAAAGGUGGACAGGUCUUCAUUCCAAGUGUUAAACUGGACUUUAGCCAUGUCCAAUCUAAGUGUGGCUCCCUGGACAAAAUCCAGUACGCACCCACCGGGGGAAACGUCCACAUUACCACCAAGAAGAUAGACCUGAGCCACAUCACCUCCAAAUGUGGAUCAAUGUCCAACAUCCGUCACCGACCAGGGGGUGGUAACGUGCGUAUUGAGAGUGUGAAGCUGGACUUCAAGGACAAGGCCGAGGCCAAAGUGGGCUCACUGGCCAACGCCAGUCACACCCCCGGGGGAGGACAAAUCAUGAUCGAGAGCCACAAGCUGACGUUCCGUGACACGGCCAAGGCUCGCGUGGACCACGGGGCAGACGUUAUCACCCUGUCCCCAGGUGGCACCGGGGGUACAUCCCCCCACCGUCUCAGCAACGUGUCAUCCACGGGCAGCCUCAACCUCCUGGACUGCCCCCAGCUGUCUACACUGGCCCAGGACGUCACCAUGGCUCUGGCCAAGCAAGGCUUAUGAGCCUCCUGCCUCCU